GAUAUACAAUCAAAACUUUCAAGCCUCUGUUGAGGCAAGAUGCAAUGAAACUGCAAUCACACAUAAUCAAAAAUAUAUGGAAUAGAGAGAGUAUAAAAGAUCGUUAUCUGAAUCAUUGCGCGGAAAGAAAAAAUGGAGGAGGUGAUUGUUCCCUUGGAACGGUUAUAUGCAAGGGUUGAGACGUACUUCAGAAUAACUGAAACCAUUAAUGAAAGCCAAAACGAAGGACGAGGUAUAAUAGAAGAAUUAAAAGAUCUUAAAGACGCAUUGAUCAAAUACGGGAAAGAAAUAAAAGAAACCAUCAACUCGCUGGAGAAUAAUCUUGGAUGUGUGACAGCAUUGGAGGAAAAGGCAAGAACUUUGGAGGAGAAUGAAAAACAAUAUAUACAGCAAAUUGCCGAACUUGAGGGUGAAAUUUUUGAGCAAGAUAAAAAGAUUGAUCAUUUGAAAAACGAGGUGAAAGAAUUAAAAACCGGUCUACAAGCAACGCAGGGCGAACUAGCGGGGUUAAGGAAUUCUCUUCAGACUGGUCAGACUGCCUUUGAAUUCGAAAGAGAUCUUGCAACCUACAUCUAUCCAAAUGGUAAAAAAUUCGGAUAUCAGAAAAUAUUUACGAAUUUGAAAGAUUGGCUGGAGAUGGAAAAGGAGACACCACAAGGAAGGAAAGCAAACAAGAAAUGGGAUGAUUUACAGAAGAAGACGUUUUCAUGGACGGAUGAACAUGAAAAAGUGUUUUUCAAACUUCUCGACUUCAGGAAGAAAUUUGCGCAUCCGCUAGUUGAUCGUGAGGCGAUUAAAACCCAGAUUCCUGACGACUUCAAUGAUGAAGAAAAAAAGUGCAUUCAAGAUAUAAUUCGCAUGACUGAAAAGGUUAACGAGCUAAUGAAAGCAGAAGGUAAUUUAGAAGAUUGAGAAAUAUCUACAAUCGAAUGAGAAUUUAAUUAAAUGGCAUUGGGCCUCCAAAAAUGAUUUUGGCUCAACACCCUCCAAAUCUGUCUAAAAGAAAAUUUAUUCAAUUAUUCACAAAAUAUUUUCGGCGUUAAUUCAGUUUCAUUGAUAUUUGGAAAAUAAAUAAUCAAUUAAGCGUAACUGAUUAUAAGAAUUUCAUAGACUGAAAAUUAUCAGUUGUCAACAACGAACAUUUCGUGAGGUAAAUCGAUAGCGAAUUAGCGAAUCAUGUUGGGGCGUAAUACUAAUAUACUAUUUGAAAAGAUGAAAACAUCGGCGAAAUUGCCGAGAAAAUAAACUAUGUAUUUUUGAACCAACUAUGUAUGUACUGACUUCUAACUACGUAACUAUGUAUUUUUAAAAUCUUGAGCGGAUAUUCGACGCCGAUAGGGUAGUGGCCCUUCUAUUCUGGGUCUUCAGAAUUUUAUUAGUAGAUGUCAUAAUGACGUUGAAUCCAGAAUGCCAAACAUUUUACUUUUAUAUUAACACUUUUCUGAAAUCUAAUUGCUAAUAACGAAGGGCGAGCAAUUUGUAUUUUGUAAUCGAGAGUCAAUAGAUUUUGUUGAAAAUAGCCUGUCCAUGGAAAAAAAAAUAGACAAAAAUACGGCUUACCGUGUUUUCUACUCUAUCUCUAAAUUUAAAGU